AUGCCCGAAAUCACCUCAAACGGCACCAAAAAGCGCAAGCUCACUACUAAGUCUUGUGAGAGAGAUGCUGCCAUUAUUGAUUCGCCAAAUGAGACUCUUCCACCGAAAGCUCCUGGAAGAAGUUCUACAAGUAUUGCUCAAGCGGCUCAACCUAUCGAAAAUGCUCUGCCGGGUAUGGACUUCGUUCUUGCUGAAUUAUCUAGAUUACGAGAGCAAGUAGCAAAGUUGGAAAAUGGAAAUACUGCGGGUUCAAAAACCAAAUCGGGCUCGCCAGCUGUCAUCGACUUGACUGAUGACGACGACAAUACGACGAUUCCCGUGAAACUAGAGCAUGGAUUAGAUACCAAUGUUGAUCUCUAUAAUGCCACGCCUCUGCGGGAAACGGUAGAAGACGACAGGAGUAGUACCUUGAGUGCCGGCGAAGAAUUGGAAUCUUCAUCAUUGCCACGGCAAUCUACUGAAUCCACAGUUGAAUUUUUGGAGAGUAUAUAUACGAAAGAGUCUCGGAUAUCUGUCAUCGCUCAAUGGGGAAUGGCAAUGCCGGCCGUCGUCAGAAGGUUUCCAUCGAUAGAUUUACAGCUUCCCCCUCAAUCAAACACAGCGUUCUCUUACCACUUUCUGAAGAAUUGCCUCGGUGGAAGUUCCAUCGCAAAUUGCUGGUUUGAGUCGAAGGGAAUAGGACGAGCUUUGCAGGUACAUUUAUACGCGUUGCUAAAUCGCGAAUUUGACCCCCUCGUUCCUCGUAUUCCUGGCACACACGGUGUCCAGAUAACACCAGAGCUACAUUUCUCAACUAUCAAGCGAUUUCCUCUUUUCAUUCGUGAUAGCGAUCACUCGGGUUUUCAAUAUUACGGAACACAUAAAGUUAUGAAAUCUGACUUUCUCGGACACAACGAAAUGCUGGAAGUUCCUGAACAUGUCAAAAACUACUGGGAAAGUAGGCUUGGGAACCUUCCUACCUGUGGUUUGAAGUCUGGUCCGACCGUCGGAAUUUUGAAGAAAAUGUGGCCUAAAGUUCCAACCGGCUUGUGGGACGCAUCAAAAAAGGAGAUGACAAGCUAUACAAAUGAACGUGGUAACUUGGAGGAGGGCCUCGAAGUAUUAAGGAGAUCUAUUACAGACGAAGAGGCUCAAAAUCUGUCAAAAGAUGAGAUCUUAGUGGCUUUCGAAAGAAAUGAUCUUGAUGACAACACGGGUGUUUCAAUGUACUACGAGUAUCUCGAAUGCAUUGGUUGUGAUGUUGAUCUUUACCAAACAUUGGUGACCAAGAUGAAUGAGCUCUGA